AUGGUCAAACUUUCACCCGAACUUAUAGCAUCCUCACCACAAUUCUUUAAUCCAAUCAAGGAACGAGAAUUGGAUUUACGAGGAAAUAAAAUAGCAGCUGUGGAAAAUCUUGGUACGACAAAGGAUAGUUUUGAUGUAUUGGAUUUGAGUGAUAAUGAAAUUUCUAGGAUGGAGAAUUUUCCAGUACUGAAGAGAUUACAUACUAUAUUAUUUAACAACAAUAGAUUAAAUUAUAUUGAUGAGAAACUCGGAGAGAAGAACCUUCCGAGCCUGGAAACACUCAUACUAACAAAUAAUAAUUUCCGAGAGCUAUACGAAUUGAAUGGUUUAAAAUCGUUUAAGAAACUCAAAACAAUUUCAUUACUUGAUAAUCUAGUGAUCAAAAAAGAAAAUUACAGAAUUUAUAUCAUUUUUCUUGUUCCAUCUAUCAAGGUAAUUGAUUUUGUUAAAGUUAGAAAAAUUGAACGAGAAAGAGCCAAACAUGUAUUUGGAACGUUGGAUAAGCCAACACCGGAGGCUCAAAAUAUUCUAGGAACUGCACCCACAGGUCAACAAGCACCUAAUGUUGGAACCAAAGCAGAGGCGACAACUGAAAAGAAGCCUGUCAGUGGUCUCUCAUCAGAAGAUAUUUCGAAAAUCAAAAACGCAAUACUCAAGGCUACUUCUCUACAAGAAAUUGAGUACUAUAAGGAAGCUCUUCGCCAAGGUAGAUUACCAAAGGAGCUCAAAUAA